UCAAUUUUAUUUAAUUUUAAUUGAUUUUAAACCUAUUCAGUUGGGGUAACCGUUCAAUGGACCCCAUUAUCAACAAGCCAAUAUUUCCCGCCAAAUUCCAUCUUCUUCCUCUGUUUCUCAAUCCAUCAUACUGAUUGCAGAGGACAAAGCUCCCCUCCCAUGGCGUUCUGUCUCCAUCUCUCUCUCAUCCUCGUCUCUCUCCUCCCUCUCCUCUCUUCCCUUUCUCCCGAGGCCAUCCUCGAUGCUUCCGAUAUUCUCAAUGAUUCCGGCUUCUCCUCCAUGGCUCUCACUCUCGAGCUCGCUUCCCGUUCCCUCCUCCACCAUUCCUCCUCCCUCACCAUCUUCGCCCCUGCCGACUCCGCAUUCUCCCGCUCCCGCCAGCCACCACUCUCUCUUCUCCAGUACCACCUUCUCCCUCACGCCUUCUCUUUCGAAAGCCUCUGCUCUCUCCCCUCCGGCGCCAAGAUCUCCACCAUGCUCCCAGGCCGAUUCCUCACCGUCACCAACGACGACACUCGGGUUUCACUCAACAACGUCACCGUCAACAGGCCGCCGAUCUACGACGACGGAUCUCUCAUAAUCUUUGCAAUCGAGAAAUUCUUCAAUCCGUUCUUCGAGAGUUCUAACACGAGUAGCAAGAGAAUCAUCCAGCCCGAUCUUGAAUGUCGUGAUUCUUCGAUUCAGAGCGAUCCUGUUGGGGCUCUGGCAGCAGCGCUGAGAAACAGAGGCUGGUCGGUAAUGGCAUCUUUUCUCGAUUUGCAAGUUCUAGGGUUCCAUAAACAACCCGCGCUGACGAUCUUCGCUCCGGCGGAUGAUUCUUUGAUGAAUCACAUCGGUAGUUUCUCCGAUUGGAUAUCAAUCUUUCGCCGGCAUGUGGUUCCCUGCAAGUUGUGGUGAUCGGAUCUGGCGAAUUUCCCCGGCGGAACGGAAAUAAAGACGUAUCUUCAAGGAUUUAGCAUCAAUGUGAACCGGAGUAGUGGGGUUUUGACACUGAACGACAUGUCGGUUACCUUUCCUGAUAUGUUCUACAGUGAAGGGAUUGUCGUUCAUGGAAUUGGGGGAAUUUUUGAGAUACAAAAGGAAACGGAAAGAGAAGUGGAAGAAUCUUCAUCAGUUGAAAGUGGGGGAUUUCCAGAAUCUGGGUUUGAAGAGAAUGACAGAGAUAAAGCUGUAGCACAUUACAAUUUCUCUGUUUUCAGGUCAUGAUNNUUUUUUUUUUUUUUUUUUUUUUUUUUUCAUAUUAUGAUUUCUUAAGCAUUUGAUUCUCAUUCUGUGAAUAUGAUUCUGGAUCAAUUUCUGUGCAAAAUUGUGAAAAUUUCUGUGCACUUAGAAUCAAGGUGUAAAAGAUGUUAGGAAGGUGUUAAUUCCAAGUGUAGAAGUGAAAAUCUUGUUCUUUCUUUUUUAAAAUGUGCAAAUCGCAAUAGGAUUGAGAAUGACUUGUUAACCCAAUCUUUCUUCUUGUUUUUCCUUUUCUCUCUUUUUGUGGAGAUUAUG